GGAGUGGGGCCCGUGCCGCGGCCGCGCCGAGCCCCGCAGUCCCUCGCCUCUCCGCCGCCAGAUCUCGCACGGAGCCGCGGUUGGUGUCUGCAGCGACAACUGCGGGAACUUCAUGUUGGUGUUGUUAAUACCAGAACAUAGUAAGCAAGGCACAUUAACUCCAGCUGCGUGUAAACUUUUGUUUGGCCAACAUGAUGCAAUUAUGAAUUCCAGGUUGCUCUGGAAAUGAAAGGGAACUGAGCUCUCUGGCUGGAAGCUGAACGUGAUGACGGCCUGGUCUAUGGUAGGGAAGCUGAAAAUGGAGAAGAGGCACUCCAGAGAAGAUAGAAAUGUGGAACAAGAUGCUGAGGAAUGCAGUCCCGAAUCUGAGGAAUGGACGAGCUCAGAAAGUGAACCUGAACAACCAUACUUCAGAAGCAGCUGUAGCAAUACUCAGUGGAGAGAAAAGGAGGUUUCCACUAAACUACAUCGGCCACUCUGUCGAUCCCCUUGUUUGGAUCGCCCAAGUUUUUCACAGAGCAGUAUCACACAAGACUUGAAGCUAGAUGAAUGCAAAACAAAUUUGGAUAAGGAAUACCAAGCUAAAAUGGAUUUUGCGUUAAAGCUUGGGUAUGCAGGAGAUCAGAUCCAGGCUGUACUGAACAAACUGGGAGCAGAUGCGCUCAUCAAUGAUGUUCUGGCAGAGCUUGUGAGACUUGGCAACAAAAGUGAAUCGGAGGGACAAAGCAGUGCCAGCAGUACCACUAGUACUCUGUUGCCGAGAGGCCCUUGCCCAAAGGAAAUAGCAAGCCCCGAAUUGUCCCUUGAAGAUGAAGUUUUGGAUAACAGCGAUAACCUGAGACCAAUCGUUAUUGACGGAAGCAAUGUGGCUAUGAGCCAUGGGAAUAAAGAAGGAUUCUCCUGCCGGGGAAUUCAACUAGCUGUGGACUGGUUUCUGGAGAAAGGACAUAAAGAUAUCACCGUAUUUGUACCUGCAUGGAGAAAAGAACAGUCCCGACCUGAUGCACCAAUUACAGAUCAAGAAAUCUUGCGUAAAUUAGAGAAAGAAAAAAUUCUUGUUUUCACCCCAUCUCGAAGAGUACAGGGAAGAAGGGUAGUUUGCUACGAUGACCGGUUCAUAGUAAAACUGGCUUUUGACUCGGAUGGCAUCAUCGUAUCAAAUGACAACUACCGGGAUCUUCAAAAUGAAAAACCAGAGUGGAAGAAGUUCAUAGAGGAGCGGCUGCUAAUGUAUUCCUUUGUGAACGACAAAUUUAUGCCUCCUGAUGAUCCUUUAGGACGCCACGGUCCAAGCCUUGAAAAUUUCUUAAGGAAAAGGCCAGUUAUUCCUGAACACAAGAAGCAACCGUGUCCUUAUGGUAAAAAGUGCACCUAUGGGCACAAAUGUAAAUAUUACCACCCAGAACGGGCAAACCAGCCUCAAAGGUCAGUAGCGGAUGAGCUUCGAAUAAGUGCCAAAUUAUCUGCUGUGAAAACUAUGAGUGAGGGAGCCUUGGCCAAAUGCGGUACAGGGCCAUCCAGCUCCAAAGGAGAAAUCAGUUCUGAAGUGAAACGCAUUGCCCCAAAACGUCAGUCAGAUCCAAGCAUUAGAUCAGUAGCUGUGGAGCCUGAGGAAAAGUUAUCAGUAGCCCGGAAGUCGGAGGCCAGCUCUGUCCCGUCUCUGGUUUCUGCAUUAAGUGUACCAACGCUCCCUCCACCAAAAAGCCAUGCAGCUGGUGCAUUAAAUACUCGUUCUGCAAGCAGUCCGGUGCCAGGUUCCUCACAGUUCAUGCAUCAGAAAUCCUCACUGGAACAUAUGUCCAGUGUGCAAUAUCCUCCUAUACUAGUCACCAAUAGCCAUGGCAACUCAGUUAGCUAUACCGACCAGUAUCCCAAGUAUGAAUCUUUGGGGGACCAUGGCUAUUACUCCUUACUCAGUGAUUUCUCCAACUUGAGCAUAAGUAGUAUCCGUAACACAGAUUAUUACGGGGCUGAUAUGGACCAGGGGAUGUAUUCUAGAAACUCAAGCCCCUGUCCUGACAAUUGCUUAAGCCAUACAAGUAAUGAUUCUUAUUCCUCUUACAAUGACUUGUAUCUGGGUGUAGCAGAUGCCAGUCCCGAAGACAAUGUGAAGAUCCACAGACUGCCAUCGCAAAACCGUCUUCAGCCUUUUUCCCAUGGUUACCAUGAAGCCUUAAAUAGAGCUCAGAGUUACGGAAGUGAAGAGCCUAAGCAAUCCCUUCGCAAACAGUCAGUUUCCCACUUAGGCCUACAUGCCCAGCAUCCAGUUGUUGGAGCACGGUCCAGUUGUCCAGGAGAAUACCCCGUGCCUCAAAACGUUCAUCCGUCAGCUGCACAACCAAGCCGUGCCUUGGUCAUGACAAGAAUGGACAGUAUUUCUGACUCUCGGCUUUAUGAAAGUAACCCCGCGAGGCAGAGAAGGCCGCCUCUCUGUCGGGAGCAGCACGCGAGCUGGGAUCCCUUACCAUGCACAUCGGACUCCUACACUUACCACUCGUAUCCACUGAGCAACAGCCUCAUGCAGCCGUGCUAUGAACCCGUAAUGGUAAGAAGCAUGCCUGAGAAGAUGGAGCAGCUGUGGAGGAACCCCUGGAUUGGGAUAUGUGGUGAGCCACGGGAACCUCAUAUCAUCCCAGAACAUCAGUAUCAAACAUACAAGAACCUCUGCAAUAUUUUCCCUCCGAGCAUUGUCCUUUCUGUGAUGGAAAAGAAUCCUCACAUGACAGAUGCACAACAGCUGGCAGCUAUGAUUGUUGCCAAAUUAAGAACAGGGCGUUAAAGCAUUACAGCCUCUUUUGGAUAAAUGCACAGCAUAUAGGACCUGGAGGAAAACUUAAAUGAAGAAGGGAGGGGCCAACCUGUUGUAAAUAUUUUCUAUUAAGGUAGUAUAAAAUUCUGUACACAGUAGCAGUUAUAUAUAUGUUGAGACACUAUAUCAGAGUUGAUUGCAUAUGGCAAAUUUUACAGUUUUAAAUAUAGGGGUUUUUAAUAGUAUUUUAUAGGAAAUGCAUACCUUGCUGCAUGGACAGCUCACUAAGAGCUACAAUGUCAUGUUCAGUGUCUCAAAGCCGUUACUAACAAAAAUUACUCUUAGCAAUUAUACUGCAUGUAUCAGUGUACACUUUCAAUUUGCUUAGAAAAACCUAAUUGGCCUUUAAAAGUCUGCUCUCCAACCUGGGUGACUUUCUGGGUUUCAGCUUUGUCGUUCGACACUGCCUAUUGGCAUAUUCAAUACUGAAGAAGUAGUAAACUUCAUAAAAAUUAAAGAUGUUUCAUUUGUAAAGGGAAAAAAAUGAUGCCAGCUUUUGAAUGUCAAUAUUGUUGUUGGUACUUAAAUUUCAAAACUGUUCCCCAAGAGUUUAUCUACCACAUUAUUAUUGGCUCAAUCAAGACAAAUACAUGAUUAAAUUAGGACCAGAACAUUGAGUGUGAAGGCGUGAGUGCCAUUCAGUAAACCAGAAGGAGCUCAACUGUAGCUUCUCUCUUCAGAACCGCCUCUCUGCUGUGCAGUCAGCGGCAGCUGGCCCAGGUGACUACACAAACUGGGGAUAAACGGUCAGUUUCAUGUAAAUCGGAUUAUUUGACCCGAAGCAGCGGAAGCUGGAUGUUAAUGUAGAAGUUCAUCAACUUCUUCUAGGGGCAAGGAUGGUACUUUGAGUGAGCUUAACAUUCAGGAUGGCUGUACAAGACCUGCUUGAGAAGGGGGUAGUGAGGGGAAAGGCUGCUGCUUGAAAAGAGAAGCUACAGUUGGGGUUUGUCUCAAAGCUGCCCUGGUUUCUGUUCUUCGGAUCCACGCAAAGGUGUGCAUUUGCCUCAUGAAGGCUUUUCGAGUUCCUCUUUCAGCGGGUAAGAUAAUUUUGUGUGGCAUUGUUUUCGCAACUGGUAUCUUGCUCAGGGUGGGAACCUUUGUAGCUAAAUGUCUCCAAAAGAGGCGUUUAUUGUUUUUUUUAAGCUGCACUGACUGGACGCCCUUUUUUGAAUCCAUUGUAUAUUUCAACACUUGGAACCAUUACUAACUCGAUUCCUCUCGAGCUAGGACUUGUUGACUUCUACUGUAGUUUUUUUCAUGAAAGUUGAGAAGGCCUGGUUUAUGGCCUUUUGUUUCUUCAUGAGAAGGUGUGACACUGCCUAAAUGUUUCUUACUGUGAAACACACACAGAACGUGAGGCUGCAGUCAGGGUUGUUUCUGGUGUUUUGAUAACGGCUUGCAUGCUGCUUUCUAGUUAUCUGUUUGUCUGAGGAACAAAGUUCCAUCGUUUCCUCCACUUGUGUUGCUGUAAUGGUUGGUUUGUGGCCUCUUUUAUCACGUGCAAAAUACGUUCCUUUCAUGCAAAAAAAAAACCAGCCACCCCAAACCCAAGCCAACAACAAUCCACAAUUACAGGUGCAACUAUGGUUGUUUUACUGAUAUUUUACAACCAUCAUUUCACAGAGGAUACUUAAGUCUUGUGUUGGUACAGGUAACACAGGUAAUGACUGUGUCAUUAUGUAUUUUAAAUGAGUUAACUUGGAGGUGAUUCUGUGUUUACACUUGGUGUUUAAAAAGAACUUUGAAUUAGUUUGUUAUUGUCUCUGUCAAUGGGGGGGAAAAAAGUCUCCAGACAUUUAUAAUAGUUGGGGGAAAGAGAUUUAACUCUUGACUAGUUUUCAAAAACAUUUCUUACUAACCAGCAUUUUAUAUUUUUAAUUUGCAAGUAAUUCUUAUUCUCUUGCAUGAUAUAAGCAGCUGAGAGCAAUGCCUCAAAUAACCAGAAAUGACCUUUUGUUUGUUGAUACAAAUUGUAUCUCUUUUUCUUGAUUGUAUAAAAACUGUAUAAAAACCAAAAAUAAUCUCUAGAUUAACUUCAGUAUUACAUUUUCACCACAAUGUUUGUGACACCGUGUGUCACAGGGAAGUAGCCCAUGAGUAAUUAUGGAUCUUUUUUAUUUGAAAUGGGCACUUGUAGUUUAUAGACAAACAAGGACAACUUUUCAGAACCAGUUUAUUACGUGCACAGAUCCUGUGUGUACACCUCGAAGCAUCAUGUAGUGAUCUUUAGUCUAUUUAUUAAGCAGAUACAUUUUUGCACUAAACUUUAUGUAAAAAUGUUGCUGUUGACUCAUCUGCAUGUUUUAAAAUGUAAGAAUAUAAGUGCUAC